AAGCUGCACAGUUUCUACGGACAGUCGAUGCUAAAACUUUGACCGAAGCAGUGACACAGCUUUGUACUAAUCUAGGAAAGUCGAGCUAUAACCUUAAAUUUAUACCGACAAUGGAUGACAAAAGUGAAAAUCCCUUUGCACCUCAGCCAGCAGAUGAAAUGGCCAAAAAAGGAAUUGAGGUUCCAAGUAUAUUCGGUUACAAUAGUCACGAAGGGAUUAUGUUCCUUGUAGGAGCUACGGAUGAGACAUACAGUAAAGUCGAAAAUGACUUUGAUGACUUUUUUGAUAAACUCAUUUUAAAUCAAAAUAUUACAAAAACUGAUGACGCCGUGAAAAGUGUCAGAAAAUAUUAUUUUGGUGAGGAACCGAUAACACCUGAGCAACGUGACAAUUUCAUACAGCUAGUGAAAACGUGUUUAUGCCACCCAAUGUCAGAAAUGGCGUCAAAGGUACAUGUCACGGAGAUGAAGUCGGUUGUAUAUUGUACAACCGUGCAUCUAAUUCCAAGUUGGAACCAGAUUCUAAGAGUCGUGUAACGAUGGAAUAUUUCACCAGGCUCUGGACGAACUUUGCCAAAACCGGGUGAACAUCUAAAAACAAAAGACAAAAAGAAA